AUGGGUACCAAAAUCAUCAAAAAGUCUAGUAUCAAGCCAAAGAAACAAGGUAGCAUAGCCAGACCUAAGAAAGAAUCCAAAAAGGUUAUAAUAAAGGCUAAAAAAGCUACUGAACCUGAAUUUGAUCAAGAUGAAGAAUCAGAAGAGGAAAUCACUCAUAUACCUAGUGAUUUAAGUGGAUCUGAAUCAAGUGGAUCUGAAAGUGAAGUUGAAGAAGAUGCUGCUGAAAACUCAAAGAGUGCAGAAGCUGAAAGUGAAGAUGAAGAAGAUUUAGGUGGAUUCUCAAGUACUGAUGAUGAACAAGAUGAACAAGAUGAUGAUGAAGACUCUGAAGAAGAAGAAGAAAAAGAAGAACCAAAGAAAUCAAAGAAACAAGAAAAGAAGAAAGAAUCUCAUGAAGUUAAAAAAUUACCAAAAGUUGAUUCAAAUGUUUCCAAAAAAUCUAAAAAGGCUAAAAAAGGUGUCAUAUAUAUUGGUCGUUUACCAGAUGGAUUUGAAGAAAAAGAAUUGAGUAAAUAUUUCAACCAAUUUGGUGAAAUCACUAAUGUCAAAUUGGCAAGAAAUAAAAAAACUGGUAAAUCAAGACAUUUUGCAUUUUUAGAAUUCAGUAAUGUUGAUGAUGCUAAAAUUGCUCAAGAUACUAUGAAUAAUUAUUUAUUGAUGAAUCAUCAAUUAAAAGUUGAAUUAGUUCAAGAAGAUUUCAAAUCAUCCAAGAAAUCUAAAAAAUCAUAUUUCAGAGUUAGUAAAUUGAAGAAAGAUGUUAAAUCUUUGAAUGAAAAAGAUCAAGCUAAAAGGGAGAAGAGAAAAGAAGCAUUAAAAGCUGCUGGUAUUAAUUUUUAG